UUUUUAAAUUUUAAGCUUUCUGGUUUGUGGUAAAUAAUAAGUCAAAACAUACCAUGAGAAAUCUUGAAAUUACAAAUACAUCUUUGUGAGCCAACCUUACCGUUCAGAUAUUGUAAGCAGAAUGGUUGGAAUUCUAAACUAAUUGGUUCCUUUUAUGAGUCAAUAUUAUGAUACAAAUUAUGACAUGCAAAAUAUUAAACUCUUGUCUUAUUGGUUGGAUGUGAAUGCUGCACCGACACUUUGUUCAUGGGGGCAUUUUGGUAAUGGAUUGCUAAAUGCUAAGGCAGUGCAGCUUUGUACUUUGUAAAUAAGGGUGGUGUAUGUGUCGUGUCAGGCCAGUAGAGGGGUCAAAACAAGAACUUUACGCUCUGUCUAGUAGAAUGGGAUGAGAGCCACAAUCGUAUAAAAAAAAAAGAAAAAAAAAAAAAGAAGUUCAGCUGGCAGACUAGUUUUAGGGCUAUACAUAUUCCUCUUUCUCACUCUUUUGGUUGGUAUAAUUUCCUUCAGAGGAUAAUAAUAAAUUGGAUGAAAAGAAAUACAAAAUGUGAGCAUUUAUGUUAAUUCUAUUGCCACUAUCCUUUUCUUUUUGGACAUCUCAUCCAGCAAAAUGAUCCUUUGGUCAGCCAGCAGUUGAAUCUGCUGUUGUGAUGUCUCGUUCGAUGUUUUUGCACUCAUAUUGCUCUCUGAAUCGUCUAGCUAGUUUUCGUAAUAAAAAAAGCUUAGUUUGCUAAUGUGGUGGCUAAAAGCUCCAUUGUUAUACUUUAGAAGGCUCAAAAAAUCUAAAAGCGCUUCCAAUCUUCCCUUUUGGAAUACUAUAAAAUCGGAGGAGGGAAGAAUGGAAGCUUUUUUACAUUUGUUGGGCCUUCCAAAGUGUGAAAAUGGUACUUCUAGCCACAACAUUAUCAAACAAGGCUUUAGUAGGUAAUCAAUUCUUUUUAGAUCUUACUUUAUGCUCAUGGUUACAUUUUGCAUUUUUCUCUUUCCUGUUGUUGCUUCUACCUGAUGCAGUCUCAAGGGAAGUAGGGCGUUAAAGGGGAAAUAUGAAAAAAGGACAAAGUUUAAACAAUAGCUGUUGUUUGCAAUCGGCUAAUCAGAUUAAUGUUUUGUUUAUUAUCAUGUUUUCCUGUCUGUACCAAUUAUCCAAUUUCCUGUUCAUUUCCUAAGUAGAAAGUAUCAGAAUCAGCUGGGAGAUUAUUAAAGUAAGGGAUGGCUAAGUUAAACAUGCAUGGAGACGUGGUGGAGGACUCAUGAAAUAGUUGUUUGAAUUGAAUGGUUUACGCUGUGAUGUCUUUUUUGGCCCUUGUUCUACGCGAUAGCUCAAUAUACUUCGAUUCAAUCCGAGAAGUCUAUGAUGCUUGGGUCAUCUAUAAUUUCCUUUCACUCUGCUUGGCAUGGGUGGGAGGUCCUGGUGCUGUAGUAUCAAAUUUGACUGGUCGAGUUCUGAAGCCAUCCUGGUUACUGAUGACUUGCUGUUUUCCAGCUAUUCCUCUUGACGGGCGUUUUAUACGGAGGUGCAAGCAAGGUUGUUUACAGUUUGUUAUUCUUAAGCCUAUUCUGGUUGUCAUUACCUUCAUACUCUAUGCAAAGGGAAAAUAUGAAGACGGGAACUUCAGUGUCAACCAAGCCUAUUUGUAUAUCACAAUCAUCUACACUGUCUCAUAUUCAACGGCAUUGUAUGCUCUUGCCCUGUUCUAUGUGGCAUGCAGAGAUCUACUUCUGCCAUUCAACCCAGUCCCAAAAUUUAUUAUGAUUAAAUCAGUUGUUUUCCUCACAUAUUGGCAGGGCGUGCUGGUUUUUCUUGCUGCCAAGUCUGGCUUUAUAAAGAAUGCUGAAGAAGCUGCUGAUUUUCAGAACUUUGUGUUAUGCAUUGAAAUGCUUGUAGCGGCUGUAGGACAUCUGUAUGCCUUCCCCUAUAAGGAGUAUGCAGGGGCCAAUAUUGGUGCAUCUGGUGGUUUUAGGGGAAGCCUUGCCCAUGCUUUGAAGUUUAACGACUUCUACCACGACACAGUUCACCAGUUUGCCCCUACUUAUCAUGAUUAUGUACUCUACAAUAACACCGAGAGUGAUGAUGGUGCAAGAAAGUAUAGAUCACGCACAUUCGUGCCCACUGGGCAGGAGAUGGAUUCGGUGCGGAAGAAUAAGAACAUGUAUGGCGGCAAGAUUAAUGACAUACAGUUGUCUAGCAUGCCCACCUCAGGUACAAAUAGUCCAAUGACAUCGAGCUCCUUGAUCAAUCAGGCAGACUUGGAAGCUAUCAAGUCCUCUUUGCUCAAGGAAAGUGCUACUGCUGUACAACCAUAUGAUCUUUCCCUCUUGAUUGAUGCGGAUCUAUCUAAUUACCCUGCUGAGGUUCCCGCAGUUGAUGACUCAAGCAAACAAUGAUCUUUGGUGAUGAUGCUGAUUUCCUUGAGCAGAAACGUUGUGUUGGAGUGAUUAGAGAAGCGGUGAAAUCAUUUACUUGUCCUAUUGAAAUGUUUGAUGCUUAAUUGUUCUGGAAGAUGUUGAGUCACGCUGGUGUAUAUUCGUGUUUAUUUGCUUCUUAUUAAUUUCUUCCUAGUUUUAGCCAGGUUUAGUGAAUUUACUUGUGUGCCUGCCUCAUCUGUCUCUCUUGUUUCUAAAUUACUGUUUUUUGCUUUCCCCUGUUUUGAGUUUUGAAGGGACUAGUUUAUGUCUGCUGCUUAUACUAUAUGGUGUUAUUUGCAUGAUUUUCUCUCA